UGCCCUAGCUUCCCGCGAAGCGACCCUAGUGUGUCGACCACCAAAAUCCUCCCAUUUCCAGACUUCCAGGAAAACCGCCUUCAAAAUCAGUCCGUCCAGCACUCUAGUGGUGCAGCCUGCCACUCUGCCAGCGACAUAGCCUCACCUCGACGCAGAGUCAUUCCGGUGUCCGGCCGUCCACCACCCUCGCAGCCUGCAAGAAGAAAGCAGAGUUUGCUGAUGUACAUCACCCCUACAAACAUAAGAAUUGCCCAGUGGCUGCCCCUCUUCAACCCCUUCCUCCUCCCUUCCCCAGGGGUGAUUGGGAAGUGUGGGUUUGUGAGAUUGGUGCAGCGCAAGAGGAGGAGCUUGGUUGGGGUUAGUGUGAAAACCAAGAUGGAUUUGAGAGUGGAGACUAAUGGGAUGGGAAUGGUGCAACCAGCAACAGAGGAUUAUGCUGAAGCUGCAGUUGAAGCUAUCAAGUCUGGGAAUGUUAUUGCUGUCCCCACCGACACGCUCUAUGGCUUUGCUUGUGACGCUUGUUCUGCUGAGGCCGUUAACCGCAUAUAUGAUAUCAAAGGUCGUAAAUAUACAAAUCCCCUGGCAAUUUGUGUUGGUGAUGUUCAAGACAUACAAAAGUACGCCAUCACUGAUCAUUUACCUCAUGGCUUGCUUGAUUGUCUCCUUCCUGGUCCUGUAACUGUCGUGCUAAGACGAGGUGAGUCAAGUAUCCUUGAGAAGUCUUUAAACCCUGGACUUGAGAGCAUAGGGGUUCGAGUCCCCGAUAAUACAUUUAUUAGAGUUAUUGCCCGCCAUUCUGGAAGUGCACUUGCACUUACCAGUGCAAACCUUAGCGGACAGCCCAGUAGCAUCAACAUCAGAGAUUUUGAGAACCUCUGGAGCCACUGUGCCUACAUCUAUGAUGGUGGUGUACUUCCAGCUGGGCGAGCAGGAUCAACGGUGGUGGAUCUCACUAAGCAAGGAAAGUACAAGAUCUUAAGACCUGGGAGUGCCGAGGAAGAGACUGUUGCAAUCCUCCAAAAACACUCUUUGGUAGACGAUGGAAGUGGAGUGCAAUGAGUUUUUUCGUGUUUGAUUGAGAUGCAUAAUGGGACGCUGAUGUGCCUGAUACAAGAUUCAUCUGUGUAAACCCGAGAUUUAGGAUGAUGGAUGACAUUAUGGGUGAAUCUGAUAAUGUUGCUGAUCAUCUACUUUCUUGUACACUCAUCAUUGUGAAAUCAUUCUUUUUUGGUACGUCUAAUAUAAGGGAAGUGAAGGAUUUGAAGUGAAGUUUAGUGCAUGAAAAAUGGGCAGCUUAUUACUUCGAUAUUAUUACUUUCUUCAUUGUUGUAGUGGUACUGGUUUGUGAAGGGAAAAUGGGAUUACACAAAUUCCAUCAAUUGUCGUAGUCAAUACCCCACAGACCAAGCGUGAAUGCUGCUAGUGCUAGAGGACAAACUAUUUGGGUCAUGCAAGCAUACAACUAUCUCCUGCCACAUGACUAAUCAUUGCCUUUUCCUGUAAUCAAAAGGCCCAACUUUCAAUGUUUUUGGUUUUGGCACAAUUAGUGGGAACUUAUAGUAUGGACCCGGGUCCAUCUUAUUUUAUGUUCACAAUUUUAGAUUUCAAUAUACAAAAUUACAUUAUUUAA